CAGGCGAGGAGAGGGUGAUGUCACCUGCGAGUUGGUAACCUACGAGCGGCUGUGAAGGAAACUGUUUAACCGGAUCCCAUUGUACCCGGAGCGCUGAGCCGCCUUUCCAGCAUGCAGGGGCUGCUCAGAGUUUAGUCCCUUCAAGAAAUAGAACAGAAUUCAGUCAUGGCCCCAAGGAAGAGAGGUGGACGGGGGAUCUCAUUCAUCUUUUGCUGUUUCCGAAAUAAUGAUCACCCAGAAAUCACCUAUCGGCUGCGAAACGAUAGCAGCUUUGCGCUUCAGACCAUGGAGCCAGCAUUGCCCAUGCCCCCUGUGGAGGAGCUGGACGUCAUGUUUAGUGAACUUGUGGAUGAACUUGACCUGACAGACAAACACAGGGAAGCCAUGUUUGCACUUCCAGCUGAGAAAAAAUGGCAAAUAUACUGUAGCAAGAAAAAGGACCAGGAAGAAAACAAGGGAGCGACAAGUUGGCCUGAAUUCUACAUCGAUCAGCUCAAUUCCAUGGCUGCUAGAAAAUCUCUCCUGGCUUUAGAGAAGGAAGAGGAAGAAGAGAGAAGUAAAACUAUAGAAAGUUUGAAGACCGCACUAAGGACAAAGCCAAUGAGGUUUGUAACCAGAUUUAUCGACUUGGAUGGCCUGUCAUGUAUUCUCAACUUUCUAAAGACCAUGGACUAUGAGACCUCAGAGUCUCGAAUACAUACCUCUCUCAUUGGAUGUAUAAAGGCGCUAAUGAACAACUCUCAAGGUCGGGCUCAUGUCCUGGCCCACUCUGAGAGUAUUAAUGUGAUUGCUCAGAGUCUGAGCACAGAGAACAUUAAAACGAAGGUGGCUGUGCUGGAAAUCUUGGGCGCCGUGUGCCUGGUUCCCGGGGGCCACAAGAAGGUUCUGCAGGCCAUGCUGCACUACCAGAAGUAUGCCAGCGAAAGAACCCGCUUUCAGACAUUAAUUAACGACUUGGAUAAAAGCACAGGGCGGUAUCGAGAUGAAGUGAGUCUCAAGACUGCCAUCAUGUCCUUCAUCAAUGCAGUGCUGAGCCAAGGUGCAGGAGUGGAAAGUUUGGACUUUAGACUUCAUCUGCGCUAUGAAUUUCUGAUGUUAGGAAUUCAACCUGUAAUAGAUAAAUUAAGGGAACAUGAAAAUUCAACAUUAGAUAGACAUUUAGAUUUUUUUGAAAUGCUCCGAAAUGAAGAUGAACUAGAAUUUGCCAAAAGAUUUGAACUGGUUCACAUAGACACAAAAAGUGCGACUCAGAUGUUUGAACUGACCAGGAAGAGGCUGACCCAUAGCGAAGCUUAUCCUCACUUCAUGUCCAUCCUGCACCACUGCCUCCAAAUGCCUUAUAAGAGAAGUGGCAACACCGUUCAGUACUGGCUACUACUAGAUAGAAUUAUACAGCAAAUAGUUAUUCAAAAUGACAAAGGACAGGACCCCGACACCACACCUUUGGAAAACUUUAACAUUAAGAAUGUCGUACGAAUGUUGGUUAAUGAAAAUGAAGUUAAACAGUGGAAAGAACAAGCAGAAAAGAUGAGAAAAGAGCACAAUGAAUUACAACAGAAAUUGGAAAAGAAGGAGCGCGAGUGUGAUGCCAAGACCCAAGAGAAGGAAGAGAUGAUGCAGACCUUAAAUAAAAUGAAAGAGAAACUUGAAAAGGAGACUAGCGAGCAUAAGCAAGUCAAGCAGCAGGUGGCGGAUCUCACAGCACAGCUCCGUGAGCUCAGCAGGAGAGCCCUCUGUGCUUCAAUCCCAGGCGGACCCUCACCUGGAGCCCCAGGGGGGCCCUUUCCUUCCUCUGUACCAGGGUCCCUCGUUCCGCCCCCACCACCUCCACCCCUGCCAGGUGUAAUGCUUCCACCUCCACCCCCUCCCCUUCCUCCAGGCGGCCCUCCUCCUCCCCCGGGGCCACCUCCCUUAGGAGGGAUCCUACCACCUCCUGGUGCUCCACUGGGGCUGGCACUCAAGAAGAAAAACAUUCCGCAGCCCACAAAUGCCCUGAAAUCCUUCAACUGGUCUAAGCUGCCUGAGAAUAAACUAGAAGGAACAGUAUGGACUGAAAUUGAUGAUACAAAAGUCUUCAAAAUUCUAGAUCUUGAAGACCUGGAAAGAACAUUCUCUGCCUACCAAAGACAGCAGGAUUUCUUUGUGAACAGUAACUCCAAGCAGAAAGAAGCAGAUGCCAUUGAUGACACACUGAGUUCCAAACUUAAAGUCAAAGAGCUUUCAGUGAUUGAUGGUCGGAGAGCUCAGAAUUGCAACAUCCUUCUCUCGAGGUUGAAAUUGUCCAAUGAUGAAAUCAAACGGGCAAUUCUAACAAUGGACGAGCAGGAAGAUCUGCCCAAGGACAUGUUGGAACAGCUCUUGAAAUUUGUUCCUGAAAAAAGUGACAUUGACCUGUUGGAGGAACAUAAGCAUGAACUGGAUCGGAUGGCCAAGGCUGAUAGAUUCCUUUUCGAAAUGAGCCGAAUUAACCAUUAUCAGCAAAGACUCCAAUCGCUGUACUUCAAAAAGAAGUUUGCAGAGCGUGUGGCAGAAGUGAAACCUAAAGUAGAAGCAAUCCGUUCCAGCUCAGAAGAGUUGUUCAGGAGCAGCGCCUUGAAGCAGCUGCUAGAAGUGGUUUUGGCCUUUGGAAAUUACAUGAAUAAAGGCCAAAGAGGCAAUGCAUACGGAUUCAAGAUAUCCAGCCUAAACAAGAUUGCUGACACAAAAUCCAGUAUUGACAAGAACAUCACACUUUUGCACUAUCUCAUAACUAUUGUGGAAAAUAAAUACCCCAAGGUCCUCAAUUUGAAUGAAGAACUACGGGACAUUCCUCACGCAGCAAAAGUAAACAUGACUGAGCUGGACAAAGAAAUAAGUACCCUGAGAAGUGGCCUGAAAGCAGUAGAGCUGGAGCUAGAAUAUCAGAAAUCUCAGCCCCCACAGCCCGGGGACAAGUUUGUGUCUGUUGUCAGCCAGUUCAUCACAGUAGCCAGCUUCAGCUUCUCUGAUGUGGAAGACCUUCUCGCAGAAGCUAAAGACCUGUUUACUAAAGCAGUGAAACACUUUGGGGAGGAGGCUGGCAAAAUCCAGCCGGAUGAGUUCUUUGGCAUUUUUGAUCAGUUUCUUCAAGCUGUGUCAGAAGCCAAACAAGAGAAUGAAAACAUGAGAAAGAAGAAGGAGGAGGAGGAACGCCGUGCUCGCAUGGAAGCUCAGCUCAAAGAACAACGUGAAAGGGAACGUAAAAUGAGGAAAGCAAAAGAGAAUAUUGAAGAGGGUGGAGAGUUUGAUGACCUGGUUUCAGCUCUACGCUCAGGAGAAGUAUUUGACAAAGACCUUUCUAAGCUGAAACGGAAUCGCAAGCGUAUUACCAACCAGAUGACGGACAGCAGCCGAGAGAGACCAGUCACAAAACUUAAUUUCUAAUUUUCCUUGGAUACUUUUUUUAGAAAGCUCAUUAGCAGCCCUUUGAAGUGACUAGAACUUUUCAUAACACUGCCUUGCAAUCCAAACAGUGGCAAUUUCUUCUUAAAUCUGUGAGUGAAUGUGUGAAUGUGUGUGUAUGUAAAUGUAUGUGUACAUAUAUAUUAAAAAAUGUAUAUAGAAGUCUGAGUGUUGUCUGGAGACCUAUACGUAUGGUUAAAAAAAAUCUAUGUUAAUGUAUGUGCUCAUAAACCCUUUGUGUAUGCAUUUGUAUUGAAUAUGGCUCAUUUUCUUCCCCUGAACACAAUGGCUGUUCAGAAGCACAAAACAAUCUCCUGAAAGAGGUGACAGAGACAUUCCCUAGAGUAAAAAGGAAAAACAAAAGCAAAAAAAAAAAAAAAAAAAAAA